AUGACUCAACAAGCUAAUAUCGGAUUACCAAAUCGACCGUUCCGUAUUUCGAACGUAUCUUCUUCAGCAAAUAUUUGUGAAGAUGAUCAAUACAUGGCUAAUCUCAUCGAUCAACAUUUAGCUUUAAGUUCCUCUGGAAGAUCACGCAAAGUGUCGACGAUCAGCCAGCCUAUUCUUACUGAAGACAUUUCGUUAUUUAAUAACGCAGGCUUUCUUCCUCAUCAAAUUCGUCGUUCAGAAACUUCAUAUCCGUAUGCGUAUAAAUCAUCCGGAAAUCUCCAAGCAAAGUCAGGUGUCCAGUUACGAAACACUUCUACGUGUACGGAUGACUUCCACGAAGAAUUACCAAUUAACAUAAAUCAUCUACGUCGUCAACAAACCAAAGGAAUUAAGAAAACAAUCAAAUCGAUUUCAAAAACACGUGUGCUGGAUCCGUGUGCACAAUCAAUGGAAAGUGCUGUUCAACUCGAUCAUUGUCAACGUUUAGCUGCACCACACCCAAUUAGAUAUAAAAUUUCCGAAAAUAUUCUACCAUCAACUGGUACUAUUCUAAGAACACACUAUGCAAUGAUACAAGAAGAGCCAGCGCAAGAACCGUCGAUUCAUCUCAGUCAAUUACGAGUACCGUUGUUUGCCACAUCCAAUACGACAAACCAAUCCGUUUCAUCAAUCAUCGAACCAACGACGUUCGUUGACUUACCAAUAAUGAAUGAAACUCCUUUUCAUAUCGAUCGUGUUCAACGUUUGACUACACCGCAAGUCAUUCAAUACAAACCAUCAACAACUAUUCAGCCAUCCAUAGGUUCAAUAUUUCAAACAAGGUUAGCACUUGGUCGAGAAGAUUCACCAGAAGAAAAAUCCUUUCAUAUCAAUCAAUUACGGCAUCCAGCCAUGAAACAUUCAUCGACUAAUGAACGAGUAUGGGCUUGGAUGUAA